CAGACAGAGAGGCAAGGGGAGGCAGCUCGUUUUCCUUUCUCCUCUCUAUAUAUCUCACUCUCUCUCUCUCUCUCUCUCUCUCUCUCUUUCUUUCUCUCUCUCCUUAUCCGUUAUAUUAUCACCAAUUCGGCAUUCGGGCUGGGCAUUCACCACAAAGCCCCCAAGUAUUAUUUGCCAACAACUAACACACCCUCGAAACUCUUCCUGUUUCUCCACUGAUGAGUAAUGGUAGAGCACCCUUUUCAUCUCCCUCCUAGAGUAUGCACAUCUAAAGUCUGCUUCUUUCAUUGACUGCAAAAACAACCAACCAACCAAAGAGAUACAUAGAUUGUACAAGGAUGUCUUGUCUAUUGCCACAGUUCAAGUGCCAGCCGGACAUCUUCUCUAUACAUUUCCGAACCCAUCUCCCAAAACCUAGAGACUCUAUCUCUUCCUGGCCCCAUUGUAUUUUAUCCACUUCCUCACCUUCGACAUCAAUGGCAACGACUACCGUGCUUAACCUGGAGAAGCUGAGAUUACCUUCUUUAGAUGCUAAUUCUGAUUCUGUGACUGCAAAUAGACCAUGGACAUAUACAGGGGCAAUUGGUCCUCCUGCCAAGGCAAACCUUGAAGCUACUUUAGCCACAGAGACACUUCUUACAAGUGAAGAGGCUGUAAUAGCAGCUGCUGCUGCUGAAGCUGUUACUCUUGCAAAGGCAGCUGUGAAGGUUGCAAAGGAUGCAACUCUGCUGAUUAACAACAACCCUUGUACAAGAGCAGAGAGCACAUCUCUAUUUUCUCCUGAAGAUGAUGCUUUGCAUCUCAAAUGGCCUCAGCAUAUGAAAACAGGACAACCUGUUAGACUAGGAGAUUCCAUGGGACCCAAAACUGCACAGCUGGAUGAUUAUUCCAUGCAAUGUGCUAUAAAAGAGGCUGAUGAUUUGGAGCCAACACAUGAAGAACUUGAACUACUGCAGUCGCAACUUUCAAAUGGUAUAGCUGUAAGAUCCAGGCGUCAAACAGAACGGAAGGCCAGAAGAACCAGAGCAGCCGAGAAGGCUGCUGCCACUGUUGUGUCAGUGAAGUCUGGUUCUACAGUUAGAAAGAAGCGCGCUUCUUUGCAAGACAUAGAUCAUUCUGACCCACUGCGAUACUUGAGAGCAACUACUAGUACUUCUAGGCUUCUUACUGCAACGGAAGAAAUUGAGUUGUCAGAAGGAAUACAGGACCUACUGAAACUGGAAAAGCUUCAGGAGGAGCUAACAGAACGAUGUGGAAGUCAGCCCACCUUUGCCCAGUGGGCUGCAGCAGCAGGAGUUGAUCAGAAGACCUUGAGGAGGCGUAUAAACUAUGGUAUUCUGUGCAAAGACAAAAUGAUCAAGAGCAACAUUCGGCUUGUUAUAUCAAUUGCCAAAAAUUAUCAGGGAGCUGGGAUGAAUCUCCAAGAUCUUGUUCAGGAAGGAUGUCGAGGUCUCGUAAGAGGUGCUGAGAAGUUUGAUGCUUCAAAAGGUUUUAAGUUCUCAACCUAUGCUCAUUGGUGGAUUAAACAGGCAGUUCGCAAAUCUCUUUCUGAUCAGUCCAGAACUAUUCGCUUACCGUUUCACAUGGUGGAGGCAACUUAUAGAGUAAAAGAGGCUAGAAAGCAAUUAUAUAGCAAAAAUGGAAGACAUCCUGAUGACGAAGAAGUUGCAGAGGCAACAGGGCUGUCAAUGAAGAGGCUUGCUGCAGUUCUACUGACUCCAAAAGCUCCUAGAUCUCUGGAGCAGAAGAUUGGGAUCAACCAGAAUCUUAAACCUUCGGAAGUAAUUGCAGAUCCCGAUGCAGAAACAUCAGAAGACGUGCUGAUAAGGAAGUUCAUGAAACAGGACCUGGACAAGGUACUGGAUAGUCUGAAUCCAAGGGAAAAACAGGUCAUCAGAUGGAGGUUUGGAAUGGAGGAUGGAAGGAUGAAGACAUUGCAAGAGAUAGGAGAGCUGAUGGGCGUGAGUAGGGAGAGAAUAAGGCAAAUUGAGUCAUGUGCCUUCAGAAAGCUCAAGAACAAGAAGAGGACCAAACAUUUGCAGCAGUAUUUGGUUUCAUAGGUCCUUUUUGACAUGGGAGUAUAUUUAAUCUCUCUCUCUCUCUCUCUCUCUUCACACAUAUAUAUAUAUAUAUAUAUAUUCAUAUUCUAGAGUAGAAAAACUGUACCUUUUUCUAACAGCAUUUGGAGAACAUUUGUGCAUAAAUUUUUUUUUUUUCUUCUUAAUUUUCUGGAAUGGAAAAUCUUCCAGUUUUGAUGUACCAAAGAGAGAAAUAUUCACAAUAGAAGUUUGAAUUGUCUGCCAACGGCACUUGUGAUUUAAUUUCAACAGUGGAGUUCAAAUUCAACAAAGCAUUUCACUUGCCGAAGUUUGCGAGUGACUUCGUUUAUAUUUGAUCCUACCAUUAUAUUAUUAUUUUUAUAUUUUAUUUUUUUGGAAAGAGAAAAAGAAAUGUCUAAGUUCUCACUUUCUUCAGAAAGAAUCUCUAUGGCUUUGACGGAAAAUUUUAUUUUACAUAUUUGAUCUCUCUAGCAUAAACAACGAGCAAAAUCUAAACUUUGUGAGAGGCAAAAGGAUUUUAAAAUCUUUAAAUUUAUAACAAUAUAGGUGGUAAGAUAACCUUGAAUAUGUAAUUGAAUAUUAAAGUCCCAAAUAAGAUGACAAUUUAAAAUGGAUCGCAUUGUUUGAUUUACUUAUUUGGCAAACCGAUAAACCAUGGCACUCAUUCAAUACCGCAUUAUAAUUCAUUUGUGCGUCGUGUAAUUGAUAGAUCAGUUUUAUUUUAUUUUAUUUUAUGUUGCUAAGACUAUAGGAGUAGUAGAUACUAGAUAGGGUAGGGCAGGUGGGGGUACGGAGUGAGCGGACAUUUUAGGAGGCGGCAGUGGCAGAGGGCACGUAUCAUUACGGCUUUGGUAUACGGUGCACAUACAUGUUUCGUUAAUUUAGGGUCGAAAAAAUAAAAAAUAAAAAGGGGAGAGUUGGAGUUGGACUGGUUGGAUUCUCUCUCUCUCUCUCGCACAGGCUUUAAUCAAGACGAACAACAAGACAGAGAAAGAAAGAAACACGAAACAGACGAAGGCUGGCAUCAUUUGCAUUCCUCGUCUUCAGUUACUUCUGUAAGCAACCACAUCAAAAUAUUGUUUGCUUUUUUUCCUUAUGUUAUUUUUCUUCUUUACCUAUUCUUGUUAGCUACUUAAUUUCAUUGAAAAACAAAAAACAAAAAACACAAACACAAACAAA